GCUAGGUUGUUUGUGUGGGUUAUCGAAGCUGCGGCAAUUCCUCGAACACAAGACCACGUUUGGGAUUCUAUUUUGUGUUGUUUGUCAUCGGUUUGCUAUGAUUGAGUCGUCUCUUUGUUCUCUGGGUGCUAAAGUUGUUGUGGCUGCUUCCAACGAUGAGAAUCACCCGCCGGAAAAUAUUAUUGAUGGAAACACGAACACAUUUUGGAUGUCCACGGGAAUGUUUCCUCAAGAGUUCAUCAUUCGCUUUGCUGAAAUGACGAAUGUUUCUUCCGUGACAUUGGACAGCUAUAACGUCAAGCAUCUAAAAGUAGAAAAGAACACAUCACAAAAUGCCUCUCACUUUGAGUUUGUGGCAGAAAAAGAAUUGAAACAGACAGAGGGACAUCUUCAGUCAAAUUCUAUUUCACUAAACGGAACCAAUGCAACUCACCUUCGUUUUAUCAUCACCUCAGGAUAUGAUCACUUCGUGUCAGUGCACAGAAUCCGUGUACAUAAAUGACACUUUCACUUUUAUGUCAACCAUUUUCACACACAUUCUUCACUUAAACUAGUAGGGUGUCACUUUACAUAUACAGUGGAUAUUAAAGUCUAUAGACCCCUGUUCAAAUGCCAGAUUUUUGUGAUAUCAAAAAUGAGACAGAUAAAACAUUUCCACAGUGUGACCUGUAACCUGUACAACUCAAUUGAAUUUCUUUGUAAUCUUUUGGCGAGGCGAAGUAAAAAUAAACACAUGAAAAAUUUGGUUGCACUACUUGUAACUGGGAUGUGGCUGUUUUCAGAAUUAACCAACUACACUCAAACUCAUGUUAGAUGAGAGUCAACACACACACACUUGUCACCAUUUAAAGUGCUUCUGAUUAACCCCAAAUAAAGUUCAGAUGUUCUAGUAGACUUUUCUUCUUUUUUUUC